AUGGAACAAAACUUUAAGACUUUCUUAUUUGUUAAAAUUUCUGUGCUUGUUCUUUUAAUUUGGAUAUGUCUUCUUAACAGUGACAUGAUGAUAUUUAACAACCCCGUGGAUGUGAAUUGCAUGUUUCAUAUAAAAAUAGAUAGAAGAAAUUAUCGAUUACUAACAAAAUAUAUACAUGAUAAGAAUUCAAUUAUUACGGGAUUAAAAGAAGAUGUACCAUAUAAUAAAUUAAAUAAAAAAAAAGAUAUAUCUAAUAAUGAAAAGUGGGAGACAGGAAAGAAGGAAUUAUCAAGUAGAUGUUUUUCAAGAAAUAUGGGUGUCGAUAAAAAAGCUAUGAAAAAUAAAUCUUGUAUAUUCAAAACAAAAAAAUAUUCCCAUAUGGAAAAAAAAAUAUUCAAAGAACUCGAUUACCAGAAUUUUCUUAAAAAAAACAGGACAAUUACUGAUAAAACGUACAAAAAAAUAAUCAUUAAAAAAUAUGGUUUACGACUAGGUAUACCUGUAUUAUUGUUCUUGUUUUUCUUGAUAGUAUUCAUAGUAGAUUUCUCACUAGGUUUUUCUAAAACUAACGUUUCAUGGGAAAGAAGUUUUUUAGGACUAUGGCCACAUUUAAAAGAGUUGACUAAUGAUGAGAAUGGAUGGUUAUCGACUGCAUUAAAAUGGUUAAAGGAAAAAUCACCAGGGUUAUGGCAGCACUAUGGUGCAACAGAGCAGACGUCAUCUACUUUAUGUCAGUUAUGCAGUAGUGUAAAAGGAAAUGGUGUUAAGAUCAGUGAACAAUGCAUAUUAGGACAGUUAUUUGGAUACAUAUUCUAUUUCGUACCGUUCAUUAUAUUAGGUGUCACAUUUAUAUCAUGGAUUAUUUAUUACCAUAAAAAAGUUAAAAAAUAUGAAAAAAUUAAAUUUAGGAAAAGAUAA